AUGUCUGGACACCGCGUCAGUAACAGGCCGAAGGUCCCUACAGAGAAGCGAAGAGCAGCUGAGUCACCACCGAGAAGUGAAAAGACAUACAAGAAACCACGCACCGAUGAUACUGAUACUCAGCCGAGCACAAGUGGCAGUAGCCGCAAGGCUAUCACAGGCCCAAGGGCCUCGACAGCGAGUGCAGGUGCCUCGACAGCGAGUACAAAGGCUUCAAGAGCAAGCGUCAAGGCCUCGACAGCAAACGCGAAGCCCUCGACGGCGAGUGCGAAGGCCUCGACAGUGAACCCGAAGGCCUCGACGGUGAACCCGAAGGCCUUGACAGUGAACCCGAAGCCCUCGACAGUGAACCGCAAGCCCUCGACCGCGAACCCAAAGCCAUCAAGGCAGUGCUCCGUCGAGAUUGAGGAAGUCGAGGAUGUUGACGACGUGAUCUCACGGACUCGGAAAGGAAGCAAGUCGAAAGUAAUAGAGUUGUCGAGCUCCGAAGACGAAGAGGAUGACCCCACCGAGCCGACUGACUCGGAGAAUGGCGAGGACCUUGAGGAGCUAACAGCCGAGGAAGAACUCGCACAGAUGCAGAAGAAAUGGACAUCACCGACGUACGCGUUCUUCAAACCCGAUCCGUUGAUAGAGGGUCAGGCGGUACCUUGA